ACUGUGCUUGCCAGAUCAUACGUAGCAGUCGAAACCCUGUGGACGGAAUUGCUUGAGAGCUCUUCCCCGAGAACACGAGUUACGCGAGUGUUGCACGAGUUUGCGUCACACGUCGGAGUUGAGUGAAAGCGGAAAAAGGGGAGAAAGAAGUGACUCAGUGGCCAGCGAGAGCAACCUCAGGCUGCAAGGUCGGUCGACAGCGCUGAAAAUUCAGCCGACAACGGACGUUACCGAGUCCACGAGAAAAAUUCCCACGUUCAGUGAGGUGUGCAAGAAAGGCGCAUUGGGGAUUAAACCACCGAGCGAAGAAGCAGAAAUACUGACCGAUAUGACUCGUUGCCAGGAGCCACAGUCCUAUCACGCACAGACCAUGAUGACCGACAGUGGAAAAUCAUCGUGGUGCGAGGAGUCUCACUACUACGGGCGCACCGUCACCUGCGGCAUGCUGCCGACCCUACGGGAACUGGCUUCCAGAGGGUGCAACAGCCGGGGUAGCGUUUGCUUGGUACCCCUCGACGUCGAGAUGGACGCGGCUAGCCACCUUCACAUGACACUGCUCGAGGCUUACUGCCGGGAGAUCGGUAUCGAAGUGUUGAGCGUGUCCAAGGAGACGAUACGGCUCCACUUGUGCCCAGGAAGCACGGAUCUGACGUGCGUCCUGGUGAGCAACGACAAUUCGUAUUUUCCAAAGCCGAAGUGAAACUCCAGGACUCACCUUUGAAAGCUGAAACCGAAGGACCGAGUUACACAUCACGGUCUUCUAAACCGAAGCGUUUUGCUGCGUUGGUUCCUGCUGCGUCGGAGAGAGUCUCCACGCAAAGGAUGAGGGGGAAUUUUGAUUCAGCAAGGAACGUGUCCUGCGUGUCUCACCAGCGAGGCUGCCGAUAAUGGACAUUGCAUAUCCGAAAUAGAUGUAUAUAUAAGCGAGAUAUAUAUAUUCAAUCGGUCUCGCGCGCUAAGUCUGUAAAUUUUAGCUGUUUGCAAACACUUUCCGUGUACUAUCUUUUCGUUAAUUCUCCUCUUUUCUUCUUUCGAUAUACCAGCACUUAUCUCUGCUUGAAUGCGGAAAGUAAAACGAAGCAGUUGAGGAGAACAGAUCUGUUAUUGUUAAAACAAGAUUUAUAUUUGAGCGAGAUGUUUCUCUCGGAAUCACACACUCGGUGGUUAUAAGAUACGAAAUAUUAAUUAAUGUAUGUUACGUAUACAUAUAUAUCAGUUGUAUAUGUUUGUCAUGAGACAAACUAAUCUUUGUUAUGUAUGUGAACAUCGACUUCCUUUGUAAACAUCGACAAUUGAGACGUAACGAAGGAUAAUGUAAAUGUAUAAUAUCAUCAUUGACAAUAUUAUAUAAG